AUGUUGAAAUAAAACUAUGAAUAAUGUUAAUAAAAUAUAAAUGCAUUAUAGAAAGAGAAGGAGAAAAAUUAGUUAGAAAUCUAAAAUCAAAAAAACAACUUAAAGUUUAAAAAUCAAGAAUUAGAAAAUUUAUAAAUGAAAUUAGAUUAAGCAAAUAAUUAAAAGUAGAAUAAUGAUUCAUCCACUUAAUCUAAUAAGGCAAAAUUCGAUCAAAGAUAAGAUAUAUAAUAAAUUACUUAGUUAAAAACAUUGUUAGAAAAUUCUGAACUAUUUUCUUAACGUUUGAGAGAAGAAUUAAAUUAAUAAAAAUAAAUCUAAUUUUAAUAAGAAUAAGAUAGGCUAAAUUUGAAAAAAUAAAUAGAGAAUCAAAAUUAAAUUAUUGAAUAAUUAGAAAAUGAUAUAUAAAAGUUGAAAGAGGAAUUAGAAGAAAAGAAAUAGGAGAUUAUUAGAAUAGAAGCUUUAAGUAACAAAUAAAAUGCAGGAGAUGCAAUUGAGGGUUUUAAAUCAGUUAUAAGAAACAAAUAGCAAGAACUAAAUAAUAAAGAUGAAGAAAUAAGAUAGUUAAAAUAAAGAAAUAAAUAAUUAGAGAUUGAAUAAAAAGAAGAAUAAGAAAAAAGUUAAAUAGUAAUUUAACAGUUAAAUCAGCAUCUAAUUUAAGUUUAAAAUGAGUUUGAUAUGAUAUAAAAAGAGAAUUAGAAUUUAAAAGAAUUGUUAUAAUAAGAACCUAAAGUUUAGGAAUAAUAAUUUUUGUAAAUAAUUAUUUAAUUAAAAGUUAAGAUUAAUAGUAGAAGAAUUCUAAUUCAUAUUUAUAAGAAUUUAGUUUUAAGCCAUCUAUAUAUUAGGGUGAGAACUUUGAAAAUUAAAAAGAUAUUUUACAAUAAGAAGUCAAUUAAUUGAGAUAGGAUAUCAAUUAAUUAAGUAUAAAAUAAAUAAAUUAUUACUAGUAAUUUAAAAAUAAAAAGAUGAUGUUUUAAUUAAGAGUUUAGGAGAGGAAUUAGAAAUAUAGAAGGUAAAAAGAGUGAUUUAAUUAGAAUAUUGCUAGUUAAUACGAAGAAGAGUCUUUACAAUAUUAAAAUGAUUUAAAAGUAACUAAAGAGUAGUUGAUAACACAAAAAUUAAGGGUUGCAGAAAUAUUAAAUUCAAUAAUGAACAAAGGUGAUGCUAGAUUGAUGGAUGGGCUUGAAAAGUUGAUAUAAAAUUAAGGAUUAGUCUCUUUAAAAUGA